AUGAAUGAACCCCCAGAGAUUCGAAACUUACCUACGAAUGACCCAGAAGUUAAAAAGUCUUUGGUCCAUACUAUUGGUGUCGCUUGUAUCUGGCCUAGUAUCCUAGACCGAAUUGCUUUCUUUUCCGAUUGGAAUCGUGCGACAAGGGCUAUUGCAGUGUGCCUUAAGUUCAAGGACAUGUUUGUCCAACGUUGUGUUAAGAAGCCCCGCAAUGUAUCUGCUAAGCAUGACCUAAGGUUAAAUUUUAAAGAUUAUCUGCCAGUUCGAGUAGUCGAUAUCCAAAGAGCCAAACUAGAAAUUGUAAGGUUAGCACAAAGAGACGCCUUCCAAAAGGAGUAUAAAUUGUUGUCUUCUGCGGCGGCUAUGCCUCAGAGCAAAGACUUAAAUCAAUCCCGCAGUAAGGUUCUACCGAGGCAGUCUAGUAUCUUUAAGUUAGAUCCAUAUGUUGACGGAAAGGGUAUCAUAAGAGUUGGUGGACGUCUGUCAAAUUCCCAGUAUGCUUUAAGUGAAAAGCACCCGGUUAUCUUGCCUAGAAAGGGACAUGUCACAAAUCUAGUUCUUCGACAUUGCCAUGAGCGUGUAAAGCACCAAGGUCGUGGAAUGACUGUGAAUGAAAUCAGAGCAAAUGGUUUUUGGAUCUUGGGUUGCAGCUCUGCGGUUUCUUAUAUGAUAUCUCGUUGCUUGACCUGUCGUAAACUCCGAGGCUCCUUACAGGAUCAAAAAAUGGCAAACUUACCUUCUGACAGAGUUGAACCAGCGCCUCCUUUCACUUACUCGGGCGUAGAUUACUUUGGGCCAUUCUAUAUAAGGGAAGGUAGAAAGGAACUUAAGAGAUAUGGUGUGUUGUUUACCUGUCUUUCGUGUAGAGGUGUGCAUCUAGAAACAGCUAACUCUUUAGAUACUAGCUCAUUUAUUAAUGCUCUUCGACGCUUCUUGUCAGUUCGUGGUCCAGUACGCAUUCUAAGGUCUGACCGUGGCACAAAUUUCGUAGGGGCAGAGCAUGAGCUUAAGGAUGCUCUUUCUGAGAUGGAUGUUGAACAGGUCAAACAUUUUUUGGUAAAUGAAGGUUGUGAUUUUCAGUUUCAGAUGAAUGUGCCCAGCGCCUGUCUUAUGGGUGGCAUCUGGGAACGACAGAUACGCUCUGUUCGGAGCAUCUUGUCUGCCCUCAUGCUACAAAAUGGGUCUCAGUUAGAUGAUGAAGCCCUCCGCACAUUCAUGUGCGAAGCAGCGGCCAUUGUGAAUAGUCGUCCAUUAUCAGUCUCAAGUCUGAAUGACCCUAACUCUGCUGAACCCAUUACACCAAAUCACCUUCUUACCUGUAAAUCCAAAGUCAUUUUGCCUCCUCCUGGAAAUUUCCAAAGAACCGAUCUGUAUUCGAGAAAACGUUGGCGCAGAAUCCAGUAUCUGGCAAAUGAGUUCUGGAAUCGGUGGAGAAAAGAAUACCUCCACAACCUUCAGAUAAGACCCAAAUGGGUUUCGGCUCGCCGUAAUCUUUGUGUGGGCGAUAUCGUCAUGAUAACAGACGAAAACCUCCCGAGAGGUGAGUGGCGCCUCGGAAGAGUUUCUGAGGUUUUUCCGAGUAAUGACGGGUUAGUUCGUAAGGUUAAGGUCUUAGUAGGUGAGCCUGCUUUAGAUGACAAAGGUAAACGAAAAAGAGAUUUCAGUUUCUUGGAAAGACCGGUACAUAAACUUGUAUUAUUGCAAGAGACCGAGUGA